AUGCCGAGGCUCGCAAGACUCAACGUCGAGACGGCCAAGGGUCGAUCUCAAAGGUUGCGUCCCAGUCAAACGAGCGCAAAAGCGAACGCAAGCACAGGCACUACGCGGCAACCGCCAUCCACGCAAAGCGGCAACCAUUGCACAGCUUCGACCGGACACUCUCUCGAGACUGCCGUAGAUCUAGUGUCGCCUCCAACUUCGCCAACCGCACGGGCCGAUCCGGACGAUGAUCCCUCCAUCCUUCGCCGGCAGGCCUUAUCCAGCAGCGCUGCUGAAGCUGUCAGAGCGAGCGGGGCAGCCUGGCGAAAGCGGCAAGAAGCUCAAGCUGCCGCCAAGGCCUCUGAUGCUCAGUUCAGAAUGUUGCAUCGCCCUGCCGUCAAGCUGGAAGAGAACCUUUUGAGCGGCGAUGCGGCACCACCAGAGGCUGAACUGAGCUCGACACCCCGUGUCAAGGCGGAACCUGGAGUUGCUCAACAUCGUACCGCAUCUGCUACCCAUUCUCUGCAGAAUGGGUCAGGCGUAAAGCCUGAUCCGGAUGCCGAAGGAGCUCCUACAGAAGACGCUUCUAGCGAUGUUCCACGUACUCCUAAACGAAAGCGCCAGAGACGGGGACAGGGACCAGUGUCAGCAUCGGAAACGAAUGUACCACCAGCGACCACCUUUCAAACGGGUGGCGGAGGGAUCAUCAGACAAGAUACUGCACAAGGUGUACAGGCAGAGGAACGUCAAGCUAGCACCACCCUCGAUCACGAAGAGGCUGCAGACGGAGACGAUGAGGUCCGUGUGCGAGACUUUGAAUGGCCAGAGCAUUUUCUCAAUCUCGAGCUGGUUUUCAAGGCUCUCAAUACAGUUUACGCUUUUUGUCAAUCUCGCAAACAUCUGUCCACCACUUACAACACUCUCAGAUCCAGCGUGGAAGCGCUGCUCAAGAGGAAUCUGGAAAUUUUCGACUUGGCUCAGCUGAAGUCUUUGUGUCCCGACCUUAUCUCGUUGGCGUACGUCGAUACGGACGCCUUGCUUCUACAUCAAGAAUUGACAGCUUCGACCUCGCUCAAGGGCAAGGCGGCAGAAAGAGCAGAUAUAGACAAGACGUAUGCAGAUACAGCCAGGGACAUAGAAGCGGAAGCCCGAGAGCUGCAAGCGAGUACCAGUCAACUCGCAAAUGACGCCUCGCUUGAAGGCCUCUUGCCAGCUAUUGAACUGGAGCAACCACCAACGCAGAACGCGAGCGGAAGGCCGAAGAAUAGCAGAGAAGAGGAGGAUCAGUAUGUCCUCAUGUUUGAGUUCAAUGAUGGAACGCUUUUGAAUGGUCACAAAGCUACUGGCAGAGGCGCUCGUUUUGCCAGGCAGAGAGCGGCGAGAAGCAAUGAGCCCAUGAGAGGAAAUCCGAGGUAGGUAGGCACUGUUUCGAGCCUUCAUCUUGCGGGGCUGACGCCUAUCAUCUCCGGGCGAUCUUUGCCAGGCGUCUGCCAGACAUUGAUCCUGUCAAGGCGGCCAAAGGAAUGAAGAAGCUGAUCGACAAGCGUAACUUCAAGUUUGAGCAAGCCGUCUUGGAAUUGCUUCACGCUUGCAUGGCGAAAGUAAGUGUCUUGUUGACGCAUGAGCAAGGGUAUCUGCUCGCUGAUCUGAACGUUGUUGCUUCUGUAGAACGAAGACCCCGUGCAGCUACUCAUUGCCGCUGCUGCCGAGCAUGUGCCUGUGGAUCCUAACGGCAAGUUGAGCGAUCCCUUGGGCGAGACACCGAGAAAACGGCGCUUGCGUCUUGAACACCUCAUGACCCAUCCCGAAGAGAGACCACCCAUCACCGAAGUGAUCGACGAAAUGAAGGGCCAAAAAUGGUGGAAAGAUCAGAUUGUGCCUGGCGGGCACAGGAUCAUGGAAAAGAGGGAGCCACGGCACGAGGGCCUGACCUUUGCUCUCUCUCAAGAGCUGGUCGACGCACUCUAUGCUACGAGGAAGAUUGAGGACUUCUAUUUGCAUCAAGCUGAGGCCUUGAACGCGCUAGAUGACGGCCGCAACGUCAUCGUGUCGACCAGUACUUCCUCUGGAAAGAGUCUGAUUUAUCAGAUACCUCUCAUACGUGCUUUGGAGGAGGACAGUACCUGCACCGCAAUGUACAUCUUCCCGACGAAGGCCCUUGCGCAAGACCAGCGUCGUACUCUUCAAGAGUUGCUCUUUCAGCAUGAGCUUCUCACAGACAUCUUCGUGACCACAUACGACGGGGACACGGAAAGGACGCAAAGAGCAGAGAUAAGAAAUCGUGCCAGCGUAAUCUUUACCAACCCCGAUAUGUUGCACCAGAGCAUCUUGCCAAACGAAGCUCAGUGGCGUCGGUUCUUACAGAAUCUGCGAUUCGUGGUGGUGGAUGAGCUGCACUGCUAUAAUGGGCUGUUUGGCGCUCAUGUCAGCUUUAUCAUGCGACGCCUUCGAAGAAUCUGUGCAGCGUUGGGCAACAGAAACAUCCAAUUCAUCAGCUGCAGCGCCACAGUUGCCAAUCCGGCCGAACACAUGCAGACCCUAUUUGGGAUAGAAGAUGUGGCCGUCAUAACUGAGGACGGAUCGCCUUCUGGAGCUAAAGAAUGGUUGAUCUGGAACCCACCCCUGAUAGACGAUGCUGAUCCUCAACAAGGUAGAGUGAGUGCCUAUGCCGAGGUUUCACAUAUCUUUAGACACCUCGUCGAAAGAGGCGUGAGGACGAUCAUCUUUACAAAGGUCAGAAGAACCUGCGAGAUUGUCAUGAACCAAAUCAGGAAUGACUUGCUUUUGGAAGGAAGAGGAGAUGUGGCCAAACGAGUCAUGUCAUACAGAUCUGGAUACUCGCCAGAAGAUAGGAGGAAAAUCGAAGUGGACAUGUUCAAAGGUCAACUGCUGGGCAUCGUUGCUACUAGCGCCUUGGAGCUCGGUAUAGAUAUCGGUUCCUUGGAUGCGGUCAUCAUGCUUGGCUUUCCGUACUCAAUCUCGAGUCUUAGGCAGCAAGCUGGACGAGCUGGUCGGCGACAGAAAGACAGCCUGGCUGUGCUGGUUGGAGAUCCAUUCCCAUUGGACCAACACUAUAUGCGUAACCCAGAUGAAGUUUUCAACCAACCCGACGCGGCUCUCACCGUGGAUCUAGGUAAUGACUUUGUUAGGGAGGGUCAUCUUCAAUGCGCAGCUGCAGAGUUGCCCAUCCAUCCUCACGAUGAUGCGAUUUUCUUCGGUGGGGACAUCACUGCAUUAUGCAACAACAGAUUGGAGCCCGAUCCAGACGGCGGAGGAUUCUUCCUACCGCGCUAUGAGCUCAGACCCUUCCCAGCUCGAGAGAUCGCCAUUCGAGGUGCGAGACAAGAGACGUACGUGUACGUCGACGAUACACCCGGACGAACGGGAGGUGCUAGAGUGAUGGAAGAAGUGGAAACGGACAGAGCAAUCUUUGAAGCGUUCGAAGGCGCUGUGUUCAUGCAUCAAGGACGCAGCUUCUUGUGCAGGGAGAUCAGCCACGACACGCGUGUGGCUAGGAUGGUGCAGGCCAACGUCAACUACCACACACGCCCAAGGGACCAUACGGAUACCGACGCGGUCGAGACGCAUCGUAUUCGAUCGCUCCGGGGAACUACCAGCAGAGCUUACUAUGGCCACGUUCGUAUAGAAACUCGAGUCUGGGGGUACUUCAAGGUGGAUAGAAGAGCUAAUAUUUUAGACACGGUGGAUGUGGACUGCCCUCCCUUCAAGAGGGACACCAAGGGGACCUGGAUCGAUGUGCCGCUUUGGCUCAUCAAUGCGCUCGUCAGCAAGACCAUCAACGCCGCGGCUGCAAUACACGCUGCAGAGCAUGCGAUCUUGAGGUAUGUGUCGCUCCCCUCAUCGGCUCGCAAUGGCCUUUGAAACUGACGCGACUCCUUACGCUUGCUUUUUCGUUCAGUCUAACGCCGAUGUUUGUUGUCACGAUGGCCGGCGACGUCAGGACGGAGUGCAAAGUGGCGGAAAGAGAAUAUGCGCGCAAAGCUACGACGCGCAAGAGACCUGCCAGGCUCAUCUUCUACGACACGCCCGGCCAGAAUAGUGGCGUAUGUGCUAAGGCGUUUGAGCAUCUUGACGGACUGAUACGUAUCGCGAUCUGUGAGUUUCGGGCAUGCGUAAGGCUUCGCAUACACACAUAGACGUUGCUCGCUUGCUAACUGGCUUCGAACGAUAAAUGGACAGCGGUGAUCGAAUCGUGCGAGUGUCUGCAGGGCUGCCCGCAAUGCAUCACCUGGCAAGGAUGCGCCCAUGCCAACGUCGUCACUUCGAAAGUCGGCGCUCUAGCGGUCCUACGAGGAUUGGUAGGCCUAGAACCGUUCGAUGCGGACUUGCCGCAGCAGAACGAGCCAGGACAUGCGGAGGGCAGAUUGGACUCGGUAGACUCUUCGGGCCACACUAUUUGUCAGGCUACUCCUGUUCGAGCCAAUCCAGAUGUGCUCGUGGAGGAUCUGGAAGAGGUGUUGCCCCCGGAAAUUGAAGUUACCAUUCAUAGCGUCAAGCAGGAAAUCAGACAGGAGAGGAGAAAUGAUAGAGAGGACAUCGGAGAUUCUACUACUUUUGAAGAGGACCACUCUGCCUCGUAG